CUGUUCUUUAUAGCUGAACUGGCUGCACUAAUCGUUGAUUAAUUUUGACCGUAUAUUUUUGACAUUUCUUAUAUAAAUAUAGAUUUCAUUGAGAAGAAAGUAUUGGCAAUUUAUUGUAAGAAAACUUGUUUGCUUUUUCGAAACAACUGUUUUCAAAUUGCAAUUAUUAUUAUUAUUAUUAUCAUCUUCAAGAACAAGAAUAAUCCUCUUAAAAAGUGACGAUCUGUGUGAUCAACUGCGCAAAGAUAUGGACAUAACAGCUUGUAGUUAAAUAUUGAUUUGUAAUUAAAUGAAGACAAUGGACAAUCUGUCGGAUUUAUUUCAAGGGGAAUUAGACUCUGUUACUUCGACGGACUCUUUCCAAUUUACCACCGAUGAAUUUCAUUUGCGACACCUGUCUACGCCCGAUGUCUCGAAUAUUGAACUGUCUAAGCGAGUAGCUCUAUUGGAACUCGAGAACGAGCGACUGCGCGUCGAUCUGGAAAAUGUGCGGAUCGAUCUCAACGCUCGGAUCGCUGCAAAUCAGGGUCUCAAGGGCAAGAUAACCGAGUUGUUUGUCGAAAUGCAAACAAUAUUGCGGGACAAGCAGAAGCUGCAAAACACGUUGACCGACACUAACAGUCGUCUUUCCGCGGCGGAGGCUUCUGCGAAAUGGUACCAAUCGCAGGUUCAUAUUCUAAUGGCUGGCAAGAAGAGUCUGCAGGUGGAAAUAGACACAUAUCAGGGCAUACUGAAGCAACGGCAGCGGGCAAUAGCGGAUAUAAAUGCCAACUACAAGAAACUGAGCGUUGAAUACACUGAACUCGUGCAGCAGUAUCAGAAGGAGAAGCAGGAGAUGCAAAAUGCAAUGAAGGAUCUGCAAUUACGCAUCCAAUCUAUCGACACGAUACAGGAUACAUCAGAUGGAAAUUCGACAGAUAGUCCAACAGACAUAUCUAUGGUAUUGGAGGCGACUGAAGAAGAGUUGCGAAACACCAGAACUGAGCUAAAGACACUGGAACAAUGUCUGCUAGGCAAUGAGAUGGCCAUGAUAUCCAUGGAGAAUACAUUGAGCAAGCAACGUGUCCUCAUUGCAUCUAUGGAAGAGAACAUACAGAAAUGCGAGAUGGAGAAGAACGAGACCGCCGAUCUAUUGCGGAAGACACAGUUCGAAAUACAGAAGCUGAGAUCCGAGAACGAGACAUUGCAAACUUCUUUAUUGGUAUCCAAACGAGAACAGAGUCAAGUGGAGGAUGCAAUAUCUCAUCUAAAAAUACAGCUGACCAAGAUGAUAGCGCAAUACAAAUUAUUGAAAUCUAAGAAUGCAGAAUCUGAAGAGAAGUUGAGUAAUAUGCAGAAUCUCGCGAGUGAGAAUAAACGUUUGAGGACCUUAUCGCAUAAAGCAAACAGUGCUCUGCUCAAAAAGCUCAGAGAAGAGAAGCUUAAGAUAAAAACUUUAGAGCAAAAACUGCAUUGCAAGCAGAUGAAUGGUCAACUUAAUGAUAUAAGAAACAAAACAGAACAUUCUUUGCGCGAGUGUCUGAAACAAGUUCUGUCACGAAACAAGGAUUUACAGGUGCAACUGAAAUCUGUGACUAGAAUAACCGACGAGAGUAUCGAUGAAGGGUAUGGUGAUAGUAACAGUAUUAACACUUCUUCAAUUUCGCUGGACAUUCCAUCUUUGUCUCUUAUGAACUCGGUAUUGUUGAACAACGCUAUCGACGUUCUCACGCGAAGCAAAGAUUUUGCUUUGCCGAUGCAAGAAAAGUUGAGCGCGCUUCGAUCGAAGAUGGAGAUAUUUCGGGAUCAAUGCGACGCGUCAAGUCAACGAAAGAAUCUUCAUAUAUCUUCCAAUAUCGAUAUGAUUUCUUCGAGAGUUUCCACAUAGUUCAAGACCUAUCUUUUGUUCGCGGAUACGCGAAUAAAAUAUAGCCUUAGAAAGAGAGGAAGAGAGAGAAAUAGUAAGUAAUUAUAUAUCUAUUUUACACGAUAUAUACUCAUGUAUAUCGUAUUUAGUUGAGAAAAUUUAAUUCUAAGAUCACAUAAUUGGCAAAAUAAAACGCAUUUAGUAUUACUGUAUAUAUACUAAAAAGAAAUAUUUAAUAAUAAUACCGUACUUGUAUUACUUGUUGAAGUAUAAAAAAGAAGAUUGUUAAAUGACAGCAUGUCAGUAUUUAUUUGUUAUAUUUUUAAAUACACUAUAUAAAUGUUAUAUUUGUUAAAUGUUAUAUAUUAAUUCUUAAUUUAUGUAAUCGCGUGCAGGAGAUAUUUGGUUUAUUCGCUAUUGAAAUUUGUUAAAGAACUGGAUAACACGGAUGCAAUCUAUUAACAUUGUGUAAUAAAUAAAUAUAAAUAUGUAUAUGUAUAGCAAUAAUAUACAUCAUAAUUAUAUGAAACUUGCAUAAAGCGCGAUAACUGCAUCGAAUAAUGUAAGUGUUAUUAUUCUAAUAUAUAAAAAAUUGCUGAUGUAAUAUACAAAUGUCAGUAUUACAAUAUAUGAUAAGGUAUUCAUAUUGUUGUCAAAAAAAUUUUAUAUAAAGACGUGCUAGAAAAAAUUUGCAAAAAUGGCUGCAACCUGUGUGAAUAUGUUUUAUUAAAAAUAAAAUGUGUGAAACGUAUACACACACAAGAGAUAAUGAAUUAGCGAGUGCGAUAAUACGUAUCGUCAUAUUUGUGUACUUACAGCUACCAUGGAACAAAUGUAGAUAGAAACAGUGUAUAAAUAUUCUCUCGUACGUCUUGCGUAUCUUGUAACGAAACAGUAUUUGUAGAAGCGCAAUAAAUUGCUGAUCUUC